AUGGCUAGGCAUGCAAUCGUUUCCGAGUUCAACUUUUAUCUAUGUCCCUGGUCUCGCACAAGAAACACGACAUGUCCUUUUGACCAUCAAGCCAAAAAGUUUUGCAUACUUGGCAGAAACGAGUCCAAAAGGAUUGAAAAACCGAUGAACGUUUCGAACCAUAGCAAGAAAGGGCUGAAUCACAAUGGCGCAUAUUUUCAAUUGGCCAAAUGGCUUCACCUUAAAAACAAAAUUUUUAGUUUGGUGGCAGGUUCUUCAAAUGAAGAGGUCGCGUGUAACAAUGCAACAAAGGAACCAACUUCAGAUCAACAACGAGAAUAA